CACUACACGGAGAUGUACGACAUGCUGAAGAAUAUGGCACCACCGCUCGGGUUCGGCAACAAGUGUCCCAACCGGUUGGCGUACAAAAAGCUCAUACGCAUGAACAUGCCGGUAGACGAGGAGGGUAGGGUGGGCUUCACCACGACCCUGUUUGCGUUGAUUCGUGAAAAUCUGAGCAUUAAAAUGCGACCUGCGGAAGAGAUGGAUCAAGCAGAUAUGGAGCUGCGUCAAACAAUCCGACAGAUAUGGCCGAUCCAGGCGAAAAAGAUGGUGGAUCUGCUGGUGCCACCGAACAAUGUGCUCAACACGGGCAAGAUGACGGUCGGCAAGAUCUACGCCGGCAUACUGAUGCUGGAGACGUGGCGCAACAACAAGGGCGCCCGGUACGACUUUGAGCCGGAGCUCCAGGAGCACAAGCCGCACGAGAUACAGGAGCCGUACAUCGACGACGGCCAUCUGCAUCCGGACCAGAGGAAUGGGCACGUGCGAUCACCCAGCUUGCACAGACGCGGAUCCGCACUGGAACGAUCGCCAAGCCCGAGGCAUCUGCACCACGACAUCGGUUUCUCCGAGACCGUCUCGAACGUGGUGGAGAUCGCCCGCCGGGACCAUCUUAUUGGUAGGCACCACUAUGGUCAUGGCUAUGGCGGUAGAUAUCAUAGAGGUUCCUGGUCCGUAGCCACCAGUCCGGCACGUUCGCCCUCGCCCAGUCGCUUGGAUACGCAGAUCAGUGCCCACCAUCGGUGCAAUCGUAGAAUACAUCCGUACGGUACGACUAGUCUUGGUCAGCGCUCGCGGUCCCCGAGUCCGGCACGGCUGCAGGAGUGGAGAGAACGGGAACGUGACCGGUAUCGCGAAGAAAUCGUGUCCCGCCCGUACAUCCAGCACACGUACCCAGUAUUACAAUCACACAGAGACUUCGGGCGCCGGCUGCCGCCCAGACCAAUCAAGCCGACGACGCUGCAGCUCAAGUCCACCAACAUCAACUUUCCGCAGCUCAACACGAGCCCUACGCAUCAAAAUCUACAUCUGGCACUAAACACACACACCCUGCCGUACAGUGUUCAUUCGUUGCCGGGAUCACGGGGCGACAUACCGCGGGACCCGCGCAUCUACCAUCACACCGAGAGCGAGCGCGAUCGUGAACGGGAACGGUUGCGGGAGCGGGAGCGGGACUACGGUUCGCGGUACGUGUUCCGUGACACCGAGCGGGAGCUGUUCGAGAUCGAGCGUGAGCUGGAGCGCGCACGCGAUUCAGCCCGGGACACCGAGUACGAACGCGUGGAACCGCUGUCCUACGAGCAUCUGUACACGCUGGGCCGUACCGGGGGCAGCUCGUUCGGUUCGUCCGCCCUGAACGGCUACAAACCGAAGGUGGGCAUGCAUUCCAUCUACUCCGAGUCGGACGAAGGCGACUGGUGCUAGCACCAGUUACCUGCAGACACAACGAAAUCAAUACCACUAUCCAACAACAACAACAACUCCACUGCCAAACCAGCAGCAAUGAACGAGCAUAUCCGGGCCCAUCAUGCUCCCCGACACUACCCGACCAGUGCGAGGGCCACCGCGGGCGUCACUCUUCCGCCCCAGUACAGCACCGCUCCGGUACACUUGCAGCGGAGCUUACCAGCGCACCUGGCAGAUCUGCGUACGAUUGUGAUCAAACUAAUCUCCGGUUAGGUUUGUUUUGCUUUAGGAUCACCUCUCUGAGUGCAGCUAGUGAGUUCGUAACGCGUAAGAUAACGCUAGCUUCAUGCCGUACAUUCGGCCGUUAUAUUCGACAGAGGGGGGGAAAAGGGAGACAGCGCAUUCGUGGCUGCGCAGUUCGUGGGCAUUUGAAGCGCAUGAACGCAUCGAGUUCCAUCCAAAAUGAGCAUAACUCUGUUGUGAGUUUGUGCGAGCUUUAGUACAUACCGUGCACAAAGUCCCUCAUCAACAAGCUAGCAAGAGGCAAGCUUCAUUCCGAAGUGCAUAAUCGUAAGUUGUCGCCAAAAGAAGGAGCAAGAUGGAAGGGAAGAGAAGGCAAGAGGCAAGGCGGUGCGUGUUAUAUAGUAAACCGUAGAGCCGGAGAAAAAAACGUUCCAUUCUAUUUUGCAAACUCCACUUUCUCCACUACGCAAAAGAAAAGGCGAGAAAGGGCACCACGCCGAUAUGUGAGGUUAGUUGAGGGGGUAAAAGCAAUAUGGCGUACACGUUGUUGUUCCAUUCGCGAUUGAUAUUUGAAUGAGAAGGGAUAUAGAGGGAGUAUAUGUGUGCAUGUGUGUGUGUGUGUGACAGAGGGAUUUAUCGAUAAAGAUGAAGGAAACAAAAGUUGAAGCAAUCUAGUUUUUAGCACAGACGUGCACGUGCGUGUAGUGUCUCGACUUUUGAGGUUAACUAUGGUUUUUUUUUCGUGAAAAAAAGAAGAAGAAGAAAAAACAAA